CGGUCAAUGCUGGACUGUUGCGUAAUAAUUCAUGAAGGAUAAUCCUUCGUGACCCCAUGGACCUUUUUUGAAUACAUAAAUUGUACCGAGAGAUCUAGCGAUCUCCGGGCUUGUGCGGUCGAGGAGAAACAUAAAUUAUCCGUGCGUAUCCGAGCGCCAUUCUGUAGUCUCCGGUUUAUCAAUUGAUUUGAAUUUUUCGACUUGAGACCGCUGGUGGUAAAAACUGUGCCAAUGAAAGAACGUGUGACAUUAAUUAUCGGGGAAGAUCGCGUCGAAGCUUACCGGGAAGACCUAGCCUCUAAAAGCCGGUACUUUGCGUCCCUUUUCUCGCCGAAUUUUAGCGAUUCGGUGAAAAAUGAGCACCGUAUUAAUUACGACAUCGAUACGAAGCACCUUCAAGCUUUUGCGGACUGGGCAUCAGACUCUGAAUCUUCUGACGACGAUAACCAUCACCAUAUCAAAUCAAAUCUCAUGAGGUUUACCAAAAACUCAUCGGAGUUUGACGAUAUCCUGAAGAUGUUGCAAUUGGGCGUCCUAUUUACUGUCGAAGAGUUGCUCAUGGACCUGACUGAUCUGAUUUCAUGCCAAUGGCUCAAUCCUAGUAAUUCACUCCAACUUUGGAUGCUUGCUAAAGAAUUAGGCCUUACAACUUUGAGGGAUCUUUCUUUAGCCAUUUGUGUAGAACACAUUGAUCAUAUAUCAGAAUCAUCGAUCAUGGAAUUGCCUGCGAAAGACUUCAGAGAUUUACUGGGAAAUAUUCACGUUAGAAUUUGUCCAAAGAGAUUGCUGACCAUGGUAGAGCAUUGGAUCAAAUGCCAUCCUGAAAAUGACUCAGAAGGCUCAUUUAUUUUGGAUUAUCCUUUCAUACUGUUGAAGAGAGCUGAUUUAUUAACGCAUGAAAAACUCUUGGAGUUUAAUGAACGGCGAUAUGAUAACAAUGUACAGUGCGUAGUUGGACACAAAAUUAUUGCAGAUAAUCAAGUACAAGCUUGGAUUUAUUGCUGGGAUGGAACAAUGUUCUAUGAGCUUGUUGAAUUAAGAAAUGGUUGUUCGACCAAUCCCAAACAAAAUAUUGUUGGUAGACAGGUUGUAGGCAAAGGUUUUGACAUCUAUGUUAUUGGCGGUGAAUAUGGACUGGGUAAAGGUAGAUUCGAAAAAGAAAUUUGGCGGUAUUCCACGAUAUCAAAGACCUGGUUUUAUGUCACAAGUUUGCCAGAGCCACGUCGACACAUGGCAGUCAUAUUCAUAGGGCAAAAAUUAUUACUCAUAGGGGGUGUCGGCCGACAUCGUCUGAAACUUUCUUCAGUUGAUGUAUAUGACAUUUACUCAGAUAAAUGGAGUAAGGCUGCCGAUGUCCCCGAAGACUUUACCAGUGUGCCCAUCACAUUUCAUGUAGAUACUGACGAUUCAAUAGCGCUUUACAAGUCUGCCUUGUACAUAUACAGUUUGAAAAGUAACUCCUGGAAACAAUGUUCGGACAGCUAUUACUCAAAUUUUGUAGUAGAUCCUUCAGAAGAUGCGUACGAACGUCAAGAAUGGCUACCUCUACCGGUUCAAUAUCUGAUGUUGGAUGGAUCGACGGUGUACAUUUUAUGUUACCACGAGUUCAUACCUGGUGGGCAUGUUACGUGUUGCGCUCUUUCAACGUCUAAAGCAAACAAGUACGCUGGAAGUACCCAAACCGUAUUUGACACUCAGGUUGCAAACGGACCGUGCAUAAUUGGUUUCUCGUACAAGAAUGAGUCGGUGAUUAUAGAGCGACUGAAGAAACCUGAUAUCGGUGGCUCGGUGUUGGAAUCAAAAAUCGUUUACAACGAAAAAAGGAGUGACAUACAAGAUCUCUGCUGCAAUACGCCGAUGAGUUGCUUCAAUAUUUUCAAUCCGAACACCUUGCACAAGAAAUUUUCAUUCAGUACGUGAUAGCAUGUACAUUCCUGUCUUGGAUUAACUUUGAAGGUUUUGUAAAUCAGAUGGAGUUAUUUAUGAGAAAAAAUCGUUUAAUUCCAGCAAUGUAUAGGUGUUACAUUUUCACUCAGUUUUUUUUAAAAUCCAUUUCAUAUUUAUAAUCUUCUAUAAAUUUAUGUAGAGACAGACGUAGACACGUGUGAAUAUUUUCGUAUUACAUUAAAUCAUAAAUAGAGAAAGUUGGAUUUCAUCUAUUUUCUAUCAACAGUUUUUUUUUAUGACCAUUACAUUCAUCGAUUAUUUUAUCUAACACAGUUCGGCUUUUCUCUCUAAUCCUAAAUGUCACACUUUGGAUUAUUGAAAAUUAAUAGUGAUGCAUUGUCGGAGACUGAUUUUUCCACAUUUCUCCAACAGUGUGUCAAAUGUACUGAUUUUUUUCAUCUUUUUUUUUUUUGGUUUUCGAUUUUUUUCAUUUAUUUUUUGUUUCAUCUAAAUACACGACAACGAGACAUGUACGGUAAACUGGCGCUACUUGGAAUUUAAACGCAGGUAUAAUAUGCAAUAAUUUUUUGCUGAAAUUAAUUCUAAUGAUAAUUAGAUUCGAACUGAAAAAAUUAUGGCAGAAGGCGUUGGGAAUUUCUUUACUUUUAUAUUAUAUCGUUUCAUCUCUUUUUCUUCUCAUGUACCAUCGUUCUCCUUUAAAUAUCGUAUAAUUAUAUAAACACGCGUUAAGUGCGAUAAAUAAUAAUAAUGUAUAUGCGUGUAUGUGCGUCUGUAAAGAUAAUUUAUACAUGCAUAUUAUGUACACGUAACUCGAAUGAGAAUUAAAAUUUUUUACAUUUAUAUGUCGUAUUCGUAACGAUUUUUGAAACAUUCAGGUAUAAUAUAUAUUAUUUUUUUGUCAUUAUAAUAUAUUGUUCAUUCUUUUUUAUUUUUUUUUUCAAAUAUUUUUUGACGUUUUUUUUUUUCGUUCAUGCGCGCGAUGGUCUAU